UACCAAACUAAGAUUGCUCCGAUUGUUCAGUACCAUAGUUUGCAUUCGAAGUUAAUCAACGAAGCUGACACCCAACAGACAGGUAAACUUGAGUUAAACGCAGUCGAGAAGGGAUAAAAAUUUGUGGUUAUGAGGAACAUUUGGCGAAAAAGUGCUAUAGCCCUGAUUUUGAUAACAACAAGUCUAGUCGUUCAUGGAGGAAGAAACCAAGGUAUGAGAAGUGUCUGAAAUGUUGAAUUUGCUACAAAUUUAUUUACUAAAGUAAACUCAAGGUUUGUAAAUGCUUGAUUGAUUUAUUGUAACGUCCUUCGAAUGUAUCUUACCUGCUUACUUACUUUUUCAAGACGGCAUAUUUUUAAAGAGAGUUUCCUUCCACAGGCUAUUCAAGAUAAAUCAGUAUUUAAUUCGGUUAAAUACUCUUUAAUUCAAUUUUCUGUUAGUAAAAGCUUGUUUGAUUUUGAAAAACACAUCUUUGCAUAAUUAAACUUUUUUAAUAUUCGAUUUUAACCAGAAAGAACUGUCCAUAAAUUUAUAAAGCUGCAACUGUGAUAAUGCACAGAUAUAUAAAAAGCAGCCCAGUAAUAUGUAUUCAGUUUUCAUUCCCUCAAAAACACAAAACAAAUUCUUGCUUCUUUAGAAUGAGAACAGCAGGAAUUCGUUAUAAACGUUUUAUUCAUAAUUUUCAGUAAUGCAUCUGUCAAUGGUCAAACUUUUAGGGCUUUGUUCGCAACCCAGAAGUAUUUUUUUCUGCCUUAUAGGUGUGUUAACUACUUCUUUCUCCUUUUCUGUUUUCAAUAAAGCUAUGGUAUAUUUAUUGGUUUGCUAAAUCAUCUGCAGGCGCCAAAUUAAUGAUAAUUCAUGCCGACAUUCAAUGCUAAUUUUUCCGGAUGGUUAAUCGCAGUUAUGCACGAGAGAACGAUAUUGGUGUAAACUGUUUCGUCUGCUUUUAGGAACAAGGCCUUUAUUUCCCCUUGAUAAACUUACUCUGACCUUAAAUAAAAAUUCCCAUCGAUUCAGAAAUUUACGAAUCGAUAUACAUAUUGUUGGAACAAUGAGCUCUUUUCUUUUAAACGGUUCUGAAAAAGGUACUGUCCUAUCGUUUACAUACAGUUACUGUCAACCUUUGUCAGGAUUUGUUUGAUGGCAGAGUCGACACCGAAGGAAUAGUGACGCCUUUUAUUUGCCGGAUCGCAUGAUAUGACAUCACGACUGACAACUGUCUAUCACUGUCAUGGGAAACAUUAUACCAGUUUCUCGAACAGAAGAUAAUUUAAAUAGAAGUUAAUUUUAAUUCAUUUUAUUUUUUCUCAUGUUUGCCUCUGAGCGCACAUUUCCUUGUUAAUAGUUUUUCUGUUUAUAUUUUUACACUCCCAAGGAAACAGCGAAUUGGAAAGAGAUGCAUCUUGGUUAGAUCUAAACGAAGACUUCAAUGAUCCGCACACGGACCACCGGAGUUCAAAACAAAGUUCUGCCCGCCAGAAGACGAGUGGAGAUGACAAUUCCGUCGACAAAAGGGAUCGUGCACCUCCGAAAAGUCCUAAAUAUUCAAGUUUGUCAGCGAAGGCAGUACUUGAAAGAGCUGAGUCAGUUUUAGAAGCUAUCAAUGAGAAAGGAUGCCCAACAGCCGAAGGUGUGACUUUUAACCCUUUAUACCCCAACAUCAGUAUGUAUAUUCUCCGUACUGUUCUCCUUAGAUUUCCUUAAGGUGUCGACAAGGAGAAUUUGUUUAACGAUCAAGAGCUUCUUAAGUUGGUGAUCAUUUCUUUUAUUCUUAUGACCUUCAUAUGUGAUUCAGGGGUGGGAUUGUGAGGAGAAAUUAGAUGUUGGUCACUCUUAGGGGUCAAAGGGUAAAGCGACUUUUAUGGACUGUAAAGGCAGGUUCGAUAAGAUUUGCAAUAAUGAAGUGCAGAGGGGGGGGGGGGGUGGUGUGGUGGGGUGGGGUCGGGAUGGUCGUUGCAGUGUAAUCAGCAAGACCUCGCGAGAAUUAGAGGCGUAAGGUUGUAUUAAAGCUUGGAGACAUUUUACUUCGACAAAGAUCAGGGUUACAAUGGCGUCUAUUUUGUACGCAUUUACAUUUCAGUUGUUGCAUUGCUCCACUCACGCGCUUGUUUGACUGAAAUUUUCCUUCAUUUUGUUUGUUCUUGACAGAGAACCUUUUCAACGUUACUGUUUAUACCGCUGACUUAAGGUUGGCAGCAACCACGUCUCAAGUGUACAUCAAUAUCUAUGGAAUGGUUUAUGGCGUGGAAGAGAGCACGUCAAAAAUUCAUCUUACUAACCAUAACAUGAAGGAAUUUACAAGAGGACGGUGCGUUCCAAAUAGAUUUUAAAAAUUUGCGGUGAACUAUCAAAUGAUGGGCAUUUAACUUAGGGUCAAAUUGUAUUUUUUUAAAAUGUUUCUUUUUGUUUUUGAUUUCCAGAGUGGAUUCAUUCCUUCUAAAGACGAAAUUUGUUGGUUUGGUUGAGAGAAUUACGAUUGAGCAUGACAACACAGGUGUGCUACCAGAUUGGAACUUGGACAAGGUACCGUGCGGAUUUAUUUACGAGGUGUUUUUAUCAUGAAGGAAUUAUCAAUACAAUUCCCUGCUCUCAAUACGAUUCCUAGUCCCUCCAUAUCAUGAUUCAAACAAGCAGCAAACGAAAAAAAAACAUAUUGCUCGCAAAAGGAGGCAUUACAGUGAAGUAAUUAAUUGGCAAUUUUUUUAGUUCAGUCACUACUGGAACCUGAAGGGACCGUGAGGUUUUCGAGCCAACUUCUUCCCAUAUCUGUAUUAAAUUUUUUUUAUUUAAAAGAGCGGUAAGAGAGAAAGAAGCCAUAUUUAAUAGUUAAUGUACUUAUUACCGCUUCAUUGAGACAGAUACUAGAAUUUCUAUUUAAGGUACUUACACAGUGUUGUUCUGACAGAAAUAUCGUUUCACUUUAUUGGCGAAAGAGAACGUAUUCAGGUCUUUCCUAUAAUAAGGAAUGUCUUGCCAGAAAUCUAUCGCCUGAUAAAGGUCAACACUCCUUCCAACCGAUAUAUCCCCUCUUGAGGUUACCGGUCAGUUGCCAGUUGGGGGCCGGUCAGUUAUCAUUUACGCCUAGGGAGGAGGUAGGGGUAGGGUUUUGGGGUGGGGUGGGGAGGUCAGUUUUCGUUCCACGAGAAAAGCAAGGUCUUUAGAGUACUUUCUCCUUUGUAACAAAACUCUUUACCUUGGGCGUCGAAGUAACCAACCUGAAUAAAAUUCUACUGGUUGACAUUUUUUCUCCUUAUAUUUAGGUGGUGGUACACGAUUUAAAACUUGGUACGAUCCAGACGUUCAUUUGCUAUUGUGAAUUGGCAGGAUACGAAAAUGAAGUCAGCUUACCACCAAUAUAAAACAACACUCACAGCGGUUUUACCUGUUUGAGUUUCAAGAGAUUGAAGAUUAUAAUCUCCUACAGUUUUCGUUUUGAAAUAAUGUCGCGGUGAUUCUAAAUGAAUAUGACGGAUCGAACUAAAGCUUCUCUUGUUUGUUCUGUUUUAAUUUCUUUCAUUUACCUCUUAUUGACCUCGUUUUCUAAGGAACGAGCUUUUUCUGCUAGUGAGGAUUUCAAGGCGUGAGUGCGUAGCGUGCGGGCCUUAAAACAAGGUUCUGUGACUUACUGUAUGGGCCGUGAAGACGAGGUUAGUAAGAUAGUUAUCAAAUCUUCAAUUAAAAAGGGAAGUUUUCAAUAGAAACAAUCUUUUGAAUUAAGUGGGCCUUGCAGUUAAAUACGGCCCGCUAAAUUGACCAAUUAUGGCGCACGUACUUCCUGAGGGAAAAAACGGUGCUUAAUAACGGGGAUCCUAACCCUACAGUCAAAAUCACUGAACAACUUUAAGCCAGCUCCCCUUUCCGAAUACGUCUUUGAUGGUUGACAGAUUUCAAUCGAUCUGCCAUUAGUGUUGUUCAUCCAUCGAAAAUAGUUCUUCAGAUGAGUU